UAGAAAGGCUCCCUGGAGAACACGCUGGCGGAGACGGAGGGCCGUUACUCCAUGCAGCUGGGACGCCUCCAGAACCAAGUGACCRGUCUGGAGGAGCAGCUAGUGUCUCUCCGCAGCGACAUGGAACGCCAGGGCCAGGAGUACAAGAUGCUGCUGGACAUCAAGACACGCCUGGAGAUGGAGAUCGCUGAGUACAGGAGGCUGCUGGACGGAGAGGCUAGCGGCCUCGGUGGCAGCUCCUCGAAAUCCAGCCAAAAAUCCUCCAGCUCCUCGAGCUCAGGUGUUAGUUCCAGUGUCAGCAGCUCCAGUGUCAGCAGCUCCAGUGUCAGCACCUCCAGUACCGUCCCCAGCUCCACCACCUCCACCACACGUAAGGUGGUGAUCGUCACGGAGGAAAUAGUGGAUGGCAAGGUUGUCUCCACAAGUGAAACCAAACACACCACAUAAGGUCCCACACACACAGCGAGCACUGCAGCAAGCAAUGGGUUAACCCCAUAGAAAUAUAAUUACUAGAAUGGGUAUAGGAAAUGAGAGGCCAGCACAUAGAUUAUUGCUUUUCCCCAGUGCUUUAUCCAUGCAACCUAAAAUACAACGUUUCAACUUAUACAAAGUCUUCGUCAGAUGAAAAAUACCUGUCUUUGUUGGCCAGCUCUGGUUAACUCUAGUUUAAGAUGUGCAUACCAUCCUCCUGUUCUUUCUAGAAUGGCUAAAUCCCCUCAGACACCCAUCAUGGAUCAUUGACUUGAAUGGGGAUUUAUUUUCUGGUAAUUCUAUUUCUAUGGUUAACACCUCCAGAACAACAUAUUCUACUACAUCUGGAUGGAACACCAACAACAGACCCCAUUGUCAAUGUAAUAAAGAUGCUCUGACUUGCUGACACCAUCA